AUGUUUGGAUGUAUUGUAGCAGGAAGAUUGAUUCAAACAAACCUUCAACAAGUGGAUGUGAAUAAGUAUAUAUUUGAAUUACCAGACGCAGCAAAUAUAAAUCAUAUUGUGGUAUUUUUACUUGGUACAAUUUCAUUUGAUCCAGGUUAUGCAGCAACAGUACAUUUUUUAUGGCCAGGAAGUGAAGGUGGUUGGAAGCUGUUGGGGAUGCUAUCAAAUGAAAAACCUAGUGCAAUUUUUAGACUUCGUGGAUUUUCCACAUCAAAAUCAACUUCAACAUUAGCACCAAAUAAAAAUACACUUAAAUUCAACCCAAUAAAAUUAAUUGGGGAUUCAACAACAUCAACAGAUGAAAUGUCAAUGGAUUUAAAUGAUUCAACGCUAUCAACAGCCAAUCAAUCAUCAUCAUCAGAACCAGUAACAGCAACUUUAGGAAUAGCUAUUGAACCUAUUUCAAUAGUAGAAGCUGAACUUGCAACUUUACCACCAAGCAAUUUAUCAAACACAAAUUCUGCUACAAAUAGUACCACAAUACCAAAUUUUGAUCUUAUUAAUCAAAUUACUAUGAACAUACUAAAAAAUCUUUAUAAUUAUGUUACUUCAUUUGCUACAACUUCAAUUCCUUUUGGUUCUGAUGCUAUUGGAACUGGCAAUUCUUUUUUAUCAUUAAAAUUAUUUCAAGAAUGGUAUGAUAGUUAUACUAGAAAAGUAAAGAUGGAUCCAAAUAUGGUAUUAAAAGAGGACAAUCCUUUGUAA